AUGCGCCACACGUUCCCUCUCAUCACCCUCGCCGGUGCCGGUGUCAUGGCCCAAAGCAGUAGCACCGCUACUAACAGCAUCCUCACCACCUCUUUCUAUUUCCCGAGCGGCGCCAACGUCAUAGUAUCGCCCGUGGCAUCCAUUAUCGGUAUCAACGACACUUUCACCGACAUCGUCACCUACCUAAUCAAGUGCGCGCCACCAUCGCUGUCCGCUUCAACUUCCGUUCCAGCUUCCACUUCUGCUUCCGCUUCCGCUACAACCACUCCGGCUCCGACCACCACUGCUCCACUUAACCGUCGCACCUCUGUACCUUCUUCUUCUUCCUCCUCUUCCUCCUACACCUACUCCCCCGAGACCUGGGACGACGAUGCCUACGGCGACUACUACGAUGACGAAGACUCGAGCAAUGCCUGCGUUCUUCCCGAUGACGGCGAGACGCUUGUCGCCGGCCCCAGCACCAUGAGCCUCUCCUACGCCUUGUCGGGCACCACCGCCGACGCGGACUGCUCCAUCACCUGGGGGUCCGGUUCGGCAUCGGCAUCGGCAACGGCGGCGUCCGCAUCGGCAUCCGCGACGGCAACAGCCGGUGCCGAUGCUCGUUGCUACAUGUACGACAUUGAUCCGGCCGAGAACUACCAGAUCGUUCGGAACGCCUUCUAUCCGGAUGCGGACGAGUCGAACUCGUGGCCGACGCUGUUAAUCACGGCGGGGUUGGAGAAGUUAGAGGCGGCAAAGGCGACGGAUACGAUGGGUAAGGAAUUUUUUCCCCCUUGA